UGGCGUUUUAACUGUGGACGGUUGCUACUCGCACUCGCUGGCGGAUUAACGGCAUAGAUAUACAUACAUAUAUGUACACAUGCAGCUACAUAUAUAUAUCUAUAUAUCUGGAGCUAUUAUGUGCAAGUCUGCGUAGAGAGAAGGGAGAGGCGUUCAACAAACAACAAAAAAACACCCAUUCUUAACGAAAUUUAGCGCAAAUCUAAACCAAAAUACUGCUACGAACAUUCCAAACAUAAAAAUCAACCAACAAAAAACCGAUAAAAUGUUGUACCAACGCAGUUGAUUAAGAAAAACUCACCCAAAAAAAAAAAAAACAAAAUCAACACCAAUAAAUCUAUAUAUAUAAAUAAUUAAAAAUAUAUAAUAUAUUCAUAAUCGAUAAGCGUUCAACCUUAAGCCCACAAGGAAAAUAGCUUAAACAAAGAACUAGCUUUAUAGACAGGACACCCUCCUACAACAACAACCAAACACACAAAACCAAAGUGACAAAAACCAAUUAAAACCAAAUUCUGAAGUAAAGCCCGAUAAAAAAAAGCAGUAAAAAUGGCCGACAAGAAAAUUGGUGAAUAUUACACGCCGCCGGUAAAAAUGGGCAAAUGGGAGGGUUUCAAAAAAUUCCUAUGGAACAGUGAAACUAGCCAAUGCCUUGGACGUACCGGUUCCAGUUGGGCAAAAAUUCUACUAUUCUACAUAAUAUUUUAUGCGGCGUUAACUGGAUUCUUUGCUGCCAUAUUUACGGUGUUCUAUCAAACGUUGGACAGUGAGAAGCCCAAAUGGAUGCUCGACAAUGGUUUGAUUGGAUCCAAUCCAGGUCUUGGCUUCCGACCAAUGCCCCCAGAGGCGAAUGUUGAGAGCACUUUAGUCUGGUACGAGUCAUCGAAGAAGGAUAACUACCAGUACUGGGUCGAUGAAACUGCACGAUUUCUGAAAUAUCACACUUACGAGGACGAGGAUAAACAGAACCAUGUGAACUGCUCCUUCGAGCAUCCCCCACCAGAGGGCAAGGUGUGCGGUGUCGAGGCCUCCAGCUUUGCUCCCUGCACAAUUGAGAAUAACUUUGGCUAUCAUGUGGCCCGGCCCUGCAUAUUCCUCAAGUUGAAUAAGAUUUACAACUGGAUACCAGAGAUUUACAACGACUCAAAAACUUUGCCCAACCACAUGCCCGAUGAGUUGAAGCAGCACAUCAAGGAGAAGCAACAGCUGCGACCAAAUGAGACUGGCGUCGUUUGGGUGUCCUGCGAGGGUGAAAAUCCCGCCGAUGUUGAGAACAUUAAGGCUCGCGAUUACUAUCCACGCAUGGGUUUCCCACGUUUCUAUUUCCCCUUCAAAAAUAUUAACGGCUACAUACCGCCAAUUGUCGCUGUACAGUUCACUGUCGAAACCGGCGUCUUGAUCAACAUUGAGUGCAAAGCCUGGGCCCGCAACAUCAACCACGAUCGCUCGGACAGGAGAGGAUCCGUCCAUUUCGAGUUGAUGGUCGACUAAGAGAAGCGUUAAUCAUCUUGGAGCAGCAGCGGCGGAGAAAGUAGCGAAGGAAAGCGAACAAGGAGAAGGGAGGAGAGUGUUUAAGAAGGAGAAAUAGAAGCAACAAGAACAACAAACCACACACACACAAAGCAACAACAAAAGAGAAUGAUAAUGAAAAAAAGAAAAUGAAAAUGAAAACGAAAACGAAAAAGCAUGAAAAGAGAGAGCAGCAAAUGUAGCAGCAAAGCGUAAGCGAAAAGUUUAACAAGUACAGCCACAACCAAAGAGAACACUAAAAAAUGCUACAAGAAGAAAAGAAAAACCCUAAAAUAAAAGAAAUACAAAAACCUAGCGCUAAAAGAAAAGCAAAACCAAAAAAGAUAAAAAAAACCUACCCAACGCUAACAAAAAAGAACGCCCCACACACACACACACACACAGAUACACCAAACACACGAAUACAAAAGGAAAACCCCUUAAUUUGUUAGGAAAAUUUUUAUUUAGUUAACAAUUUAGGCAAAGAAAACGGAAAAGCGAAAAACAAAAUAAUUGGCAGGCCACAUAAUUUAGCGCAAAUAUUGUAUUAUCAUUGAGAAAUAAUGACAAAAAAACACGGAAGCGUAAACUUAAAUAAAAAUAAAAAAAUUGUUGUUAACAAAUUCUUCUUGGUUUUUUGGUGUAAUUUUUAACAAAAAAAAAAACAAAACAACAAAUAAACGACAAACAGCGAAACUUAAAAAAAACGCAGAGCAGCAACUGUACUUAAAAGAAACCAAAAGGAAAAACAAAAGAAACUUAUUUAAACAAAAAUGCAUAAAAACCAUUAUUUAUAUUUAUAACAAUUAAAUAUAUAUAUAUACACUAUAUAUAUACAAAUUGUACAAUUGGAAGACAUAUAUACUUAAAGAGCAAGAGUCAGUCCCCAUUGACCCAUCCACCAAACCAAUCGAAUAUAAUUUCUUUAAACUUUAAAUUCGUUUUAAAUUUAAGCAGGGCAACCGUAUUCGCAUUCGCAUCCACCACCACAUAAACAAAUAGCAAAGGCGAACAAUUGUUUAAAUACGAAAUUUAUGAGGCAAACCCGAACAUACAUAAGGUGUAGAUUUUUAAAUAAACAAAUAUAAAAGGAAACCCCGUGAAUAAUAAGAGCAAACUGCAACCCAGGCGCGGCAUAGUUAAUAAACCAUACAUAAAUUAAAGCAACCAAAAGAAAAAUGCAUAAAUGAAUGGCAAAAACCAAGACAUAUUUAAAAUUAAUACUCUUCACCUAUUAUUGAAAAAAAAAAAAAAACAAAAAAAAAACAACAAGGAAAAACCAAACCAAACCCAAGAUCAUGAAUGUGAAAAUUGCAUAGAAGACAGAGGAUUAUUGAGGCAAACAAAAGAAAAACAGAUAAACGAGAAAUAGCUGAAAAGUAAAGUACAGAGUAACUGGUUACAAUAACAAUGAAGAGCAUAUAAAAUUAAAAUAUAUUAUGUAUACAACAACCAAAAAGCAAAACCAAAAACCCAGAAAUAAUAAUAAAAACGAAACUUAAUUCAAACUAAAUAAAAACCCAAAACCGUUUCCAUCUCCAUGAUAUGUUUUACAGCUGAGGGCACAAGCAUAGUAGGAUGAUGCUAGGGGAGGCGAGGCGCCCUUUCUUUCGGACUUGACUUGAGAAAUGACAGCGAAAUCGCAUUUCAGAACACCUCAAAACCAACCCACAGAAAACAGAAAACACUUUACUCUUGAUUUACAGCCGGACCGAACAGUCGACUCGGAAUGAAUAAAAGAAAUAUGUGUGUAGGCCUCAACUAACUUGCUAACCAAACGCGCUCUAUUUUCCCAAAUAAGUAAAAAUAAAACCAUUUAAAAAAAAACCAAACAAAACAAAACAACACUCUUAAUGGCAUACCAAAAGCUUAAUAAACUAACCCCCUUUUUCCAUCCACUUUAACUAGUGUAAUUUCUAAGCAGAAGACGAAGGGCAGGCAGGCAGGAGGCAGGAGGUAGGAUGUCAAGGCAGUUUAUCCGAUAAAAUGCCAGGCCGAACAAGUACACGAUGAAUGCCGAAGAGAAAUCAAUAAAUAAUAGUUUAAUGGGAAAUGUUAUACAUAAAUAUAUAUUUAAAAUAUAUGUAUUAUUAAAAGGGUGGACAAACGAUGUAUUAGCCUCUACUUUCAUCAAAGAACUUGAAAUGUAAAUGAAAGCGGCUUAAGAAAUUGCAACAAAUAAAAUACCAAAAAAAUAUGCCUCAAAACGAACUAGAGACGGAAAACAUUCAGCUUUUAACAAUUUCCAAUUAAUUCCCAAGAACUUCCAAAGUUUCCACUGCGUUCCUCUCUGGUUCUGGUAAAGUGCAUUUCAUUGGCAAAAACCCAUUUGUUUAAGUUAUUAAAAGUAUAUAUUUUUAACGAAAUUCUUAAAAACCAAAAAAAAAAGACGACACGCAAAAUUGUUUAAACAUAUAACAAACCAAAAAUAAAUAGUUUUCUAAAAUUUUUGCUAGUGCAUGUUUUCCUAUGACUAAGCUAAAUAAAUUAUGAAAAACGAAAAUGAAAAUGAAAAAGAAAAUGAAGAUAAUUAGUUAAGUAGUCUAAUCAAAUGCCAGCAGCAGAGGUUGUCACUCAACACACACACACAACAGAUUCCUGUUGGGAGAUCGAUCUUUCACCGUAUACUAUUCACAUUCAAUACCCGGCAAUUGCAGACAGAGCUUCAAUUAAAGAUAUACGAGCAUAUAUAUUGUAUUGUAUUGUAUUUAAAGGCCCCCUCAUAGCUAUGCGAUCCUUAGUUUGUUUAGAAGAAUUUCACGCACAAAAUUUGACCUGAAGACGAUACGAUUGAUUUUCUUUCUCUGGUUUUGUUGUCCCCGGCAAAGUGUGUUCCCAAAACCGCCGAUAAAUAUUAAUAGGUUAUCUAGGGUAAUAAAAGAAAAUACAACUUAUAAAAUUAUAAUAAUAGUAACAAAACGAACAAAACCAAAAUAUAAGUACAUGAAAAAAGAUGAAAAACUGCCAAGUAAAUGUUUGACCCUCUAGCUUAAUAAAUUGGCUUGAAAAUUUUUCGAAACGACGUUCUUCUUUCGUUCAGUUCCAGCUAUCCUGUCCGGCAAUUGCCAGGGAAAAUGUUUCGGAUCCACAUCCAAAUCCAAAUCCAAGCCCAAAUUGGGGGGAAGAAUGUGAAAACAAACCCUUUGCAGACUUUGCUCACAUCGAUAGGCGGCAACUACUAGCACACAAUUUAAAUGAAUUAUAUUUAACAAGCAUAUAUAUAAACUGCCAUUUUUUACACCAAGAUGUAAAAAUAAAAAUAUAAAAAAACUAAAACCAAAAAGAAAGCCAACAAAAAAACGACAUUUUUUGUGUGUAAACCGACAAACUGCGAUCAAAAAACACCAAAGGGCAACAACAAUAAAUGUUCAACAUUUUUCACACAAGUUUUUAACGAUAGUUUGAAUAACUUCACCUAAAAUCAUAUAUAGACAAAUUCUUGUUCGACCUUCGCUGAAAGCAAAAGACAAAAAAAACGAAAAAAAAAACCAAAAAAGAAGAAAAGAAAAACCAAAAGUCAGGCCGCAAUUCCAAUUCCUUCUCGACUGGACCCUGGGGAUCCAGUCAGGCGUGUUCCGAGAGUAGCCAGAUCGUAAGGUUUGCACAUUUUUCGGGUCUUCAGUUCAAGGGAUCUCUCACAGAAUGGUGCAACACACUGCGGCGCAUAUAGAAAAACGAAA